CCGUCAUCACGAGCUCCAGUUACUUGCGACGCGACAACCCCCAGACAACGACCAUGACGGACAGCGACAUCCACCCCGGCGCAGCCGCCUACACCCCCCCAAGCAGCUACGCCGAUAUUAUCCUCAGCCCGCCAUCCACCCCGCGCUCGGUCGACCGCUUCGCCUUCAACAGUUUCCUGCGCAAAGAAUACCGGUUCGGCCUCGACCCGACGCGCAAGACAUGUCCGCUGUUCCUACAGGGCCACUGCCCGCUCGGUAACAGCUGUCUCGAUAAACACUUCCUCUCGACCAACAACUCGUCCUCGUCGUUCAACAAUCUAGUGUGCAAGCACUGGCUGCGAUCACUAUGCAAGAAGGGCGAGGGCUGCGAGUUCCUGCACGAGUACAACCUCCGGAAGAUGCCGGAGUGCAAUUUCUUCGUGCGGAAUGGGUACUGCAGCAACGGCGAAGAGUGUCUGUACCUACACGUCGACCCGGAAUCGCGGAUCCCGCGCUGCCAGCGAUACGACAAUGGGUUCUGCGAGCUCGGUCCAAAGUGUGCGCGGAAACAUGUGCGGAGGCCGUUGAUGUGUAAGUUCUUUUUGGCCGGGUUUUGUCCUGAUGGGAGCACGGUGGCUGGUGCGGUCGGCGGUGGGAAGGGCUGCAAGGAGGGCGCGCAUCCGAAGUGGGUUAGUCCUGCGACGCUGCCGUUGCCGACGGUCAAGCGGCCGAGGGAGGAACCGGAGGAGCGGGGUCCUCCGGCGUGGGAGGAGGGUGGCAGGUUUGGCGGCGGAGGUGGCAGCGGAGGUGGCAGCGGACGGGGCGGAUUCCAGGGUGGAGGCCAAGGCAGGAGGAGGUUCUUCAGAGGUCGGGGAUAGUGUUUUCUUGGGCUUCGGGCGUGUACCUUGAGGGCUUUGUUGGGCGUUUUUUGCGAUGUGUUUCUUGUGUCUUGUGUCUUGUUGGGCGAUGGGUGCUCCGAAUAGAAUUCGAUACCGUGCGCCUCCCACGGUCAUUCUCAUGCUGCGAACACAUCCUGUGCUGUCUCCAUCGUUUUAAAGCGCAAUGGUUCUUCGUUCCCGGUGUAUGCGUACCCGAUAGAGUAUUCGAGCACGUGGCCCG